AUGCCGCCUCCGGCCAUCGCUAAGCUUGAGGCCGGACACAAAGCCCAAAAGAAAGGUGGCGCGCCGGGCUCUACUCAUGCUCUCACCAAGGUUCAAAACCGUGUUCAGAAGUCGAAGUCGAAGCCGAAUCAGCGCAUCGAGUUCUCUAGGUUCCCCGCUGAGAUCCAGCAUAUGAUCUGGAGCGAGGCCAUGCAGAAGCCAGCCUGCCAUACUUUCAAGUUUGCAAGGUCUAAACAGCCCCCACAUCACCCCAAUACUUGGAUUACACACACAUAUGACCUCUGGGCUCUUCCAAGCAGCUAUGACCCUUCGGCAUACCGCUGGUGGAAGUCCAUGCUAUGGAACUGCAACUACAAGCAGCCAAAGCCUGAGAAGCUAAAGCUUGAGGGGCUUGACCUCGCAAAAUACAAGCUUGAGAAGGCAAACUUGAAUGAUAUCCGCAGGCCAAGGAAGUCAAAGGAGGCGUUUUCGAAACUCGCCAAUGCCAGCUUCCAAACUGGAUUCCGAAGGUCCAUGGUUGAUUUACAGCCAAUCCUCACUCAUACUGCCACUUCAAACCGGAAAGGUGCGGCCAUUGACGUUGCCACAGACCUGGUCAUCCUUGAGUUUGAGCGGGGAGGGACAGCGGAUGCGUCGUCCUGGUUCGAGCACGUCGACGGGCGGAUGGAAAUGAUGGACAUUCGUCGCAAGACGAGGCACUUGAAGCGUGUGGCGGUUCACUACAAGAAAUCCCACCCUGGAUGCGGACGCCGCUCGCCUUUCCAAUGCUGGUGCCCUGCUGGAUCACCGCUGAAUUUGGAUUGCGCGAGUUACAAGUUCUGCCCCAUGGAGCAGGCCUGCUUCUUGGAUUGCUUUCCCAACAUCGAGGAGUUCUACUACGUGGUGGAGGUGACGAAGAAGAAAGAAGUCGCCUGGUGCGACGAAUCAUGCACGCCGACAAGGCUACAAACUCAAGAAGUCCGACAACCCGGAGGCCGCCAAGUUCGAGCUCUCACACUCAAACUGCGGACUGAUCCAGCCCUCCCUCUCGAGGCCAUGGGCGAUCCGCGCGAUUGUCUCAUCAAGGUCAUGGACAUCUACAAGGGCAAGAAAGGCGACGAGACUUUCGAGAAUUCGUUGGAGCAGCGGAACAAGGUGAAGUUUGGGGUUAUGGUCAGUUACAACCUCCCGAAGUGA